AUGGAUAUGGUAUGUAAUUUUCGUAAAUGCAGACGUUCUCUUUCACAUCAAGCUUGGGUGACAACUUGUUCACAUGCAUUUUGUGUAGAACACGGUAAGAGAGAGUUCAAGAGAAAUGCUGAUAAUUCACUGACAUGUCCUGCUUGUGGAAACGAAUUGCGAGAUAAAUUUGAUGUGAUUCAAGCAGAUCUUAAACCGAGUGAAACGUUCAAAUCUAUAGUGUUAGCCGGAUUGAAACCAGACACGGUCAUGGAUGUCGCCAUGCGUGCUAUGUCAUUUUGGUCAUACCAAGUAGAACAAGAGACUCUCUACCAAGAAAGUAUGGCGAAACAUGCACAUGAAAAACUUCAGUGCUUGGAAGAAAUCAAUACUUUAAACUUACAAAAGCUUAAAGCUGAAUUAGACAAUUGUAAACGAAAAGUUGUCUCUUUGCAGACUGAAUAUAACAAAAAACGAAAGCAGGCAGAGGAGCUCACUGCUAGUUUAGAAGAAAAGAAUAGAAAAAUCCAAAAGUUGACAUAUCAACUUGAAACCCAUAAACGGAAAGAUAUUAGGGAUAGUUUUGAUUGUAAUAAUCAAGAAAAGUGCUUAGAUAUUUCAGAUUUAGUGGGCAAGAGAGCAGUUUCUGAAGCUUUCGUAUUUAGACCCACGAAAGAAGCCGAUAACUCUCAUCCUAAGAUAUGUUCACCGAAAACACCUAUGUUCGAUUUUCGCAAUAAAAGUAGACAGAAACCUCAUUUCCGAUUUCACCCCGUACCUUCGUAA